AGACAAAGCGCCUCCGGAAGGAUUAGAAAGACGCUGGGCAGGAUGAAUAUUCGGUGUGCAAAGCCUGAGGAUCUCAUGAAUAUGCAGCACUGCAAUUUGCUGUGUCUGCCGGAGAAUUAUCAGAUGAAGUACUACUUUUAUCACGGUCUCACGUGGCCCCAGCUGAGCUACGUGGCAGAGGAUGACAAAGGGAACAUCGUGGGCUACGUGCUGGCCAAGAUGGAGGAGCCGGAUCCGGGGGAGGAGAGCAAGCACGGACAUAUCACAUCGCUGGCAGUGAAGAGAUCCUACCGCCGACUAGGACUGGCGCAGAAGCUCAUGAACCAGGCAUCGAAGGCCAUGGUGGAGUGCUUUGACGCCCAGUACGUGUCUCUCCACGUGCGCAAGAGCAACAGAGCCGCCCUCAAUCUCUACACAAACUCACUGGGCUUCAAGAUACUGGAGAUAGAGCCAAAGUACUACGCCGACGGUGAGGAUGCCUACUCCAUGCGCCGCGAUCUGUCCGAGUUCUGCAAGCAGAUCAGUCCAGACAAGGGCGGCGAGCGCAACGCGAAGGCUGAAGUGGUCAGUGGGAAUCACUCAUCGUCCGAUCAUCAUCACCACGAUGGGCACUGCUGCUGAGGCGACACAGGCAAUUAGGUUCACGCAAACGACGACUCAUUUCCGUGUUUGGGAAGGGCAAUAAAACUCAAUGAGAUGUCA